AUGGCCAAUACGGUGCUAAUCAUUGUGAAUCAGCCGAUUGUGGACCAACAAAGGUUCAGACAGGCGUGGGAUGCAUGCGACCAUAGAGCGGUUCUGGACGGGGCAGCCAAUACGCUGUACGAUGUAGAUCCGACGUUGCGGCCGGAUUUUAUCAUCGGAGAUCUUGAUUCUAUCACAGACACAACGCGAAAGUUGUAUGAGGGCAUGGGCGUGCCCGUGAUCGAAAAGCCGAGCCAGUACGCCACUGAUUUUGGCAAGGCCAUGCAAGAGUCCGUCGAGCGAUGGCCCGGCACCAAGCAGUUUUUGGCAUUCGGCGCGCUGGGAGGCCGUGUGGACCACUCAAUGCACUCAAUUAUGUGUCUGUCGCGGGUGCAGCAGGAACUGGGGGUCCGGCUCCUUCUGCAUAGCGCUCAGAAUAUGACAUUUCUCAUUGCCGAAGCGGCUCGGGUGCUGACCCCUCGAGACCUCGUCAAGAAGGCCGUCGGCAUUGCACCCAUCAUGGGCUCGGCACACAUAACAACUAAAGGACUGAUAUAUGACGUUACAGACUGGGAAACGAGUUUUACCACCCAGGUUAGCACUUCAAACUAUAUAGUAGCCGACUGGGUCACUGUGGAAACUCGAGGCCCAGUGGUGUUUACUGUGGAGAUUUGA